ACCACACUCCCCAUACUGAUAAACAAACCUACAGAGAGAGAGAGAGAGAGAGAGGGGGGAUGGACGAAUUGAAGCCAAGGCCCGCAAAUUCCAGCCCCCUAACCCCAAUCGGAUUCCUGGAGAGAUCCGCCACGGUGUACGGCAACUGCCCAUCCCUGGUCUACAACGACACGACCUACACGUGGGCCGAAACCCACGCUCGGUCCCUCCGCGUGGCCUCCUCGAUCACCUCCCUGGGGAUUGACAGGGGCCACGUGAUCUCUGUCGUGGCCCCCAACAUCCCCGCCAUGUACGAGCUUCAGUUCGCGGUGCCCAUGGCGGGGAUGAUCCUCAACAACAUCAACACCCGCCUCGAUGCCCGCACCGUGUCCGUCCUUCUCCGCCACAGCGAGUCCAGACUCGUGUUCGUCGACCACGAGUACUCCGCUCUCCUCCUCCACUCCCUCUCUCUCUUCCCCGCGUCCUCCCCGCGCCCGAGGUUAAUCCUCAUCCCGGACGAAAAUAAUCCAAAACAAACAGGCUUUUCGGACGAAAAUUUUCUCACCGAUUACGAGACCUUGGUAGAAACCGGCGAGCCGGAGUUUAAGUGGGUCCGGCCCGAAACAGAGUGGGACCCGGUCGUGUUAAACUACACGUCCGGAACGACGUCGUCGCCGAAGGGAGUGGUUCACUGCCACCGCGGACUCUUCGUCAUCACCGUCGAUACUUUGAUCGACUGGUUCGUGCCGAAACAGCCCGUUUACCUGUGGACCUUACCGAUGUUCCACGCCAAUGGGUGGAGCUUCCCGUGGGGAAUCGCCGCCGUGGGCGGGACCAACGUGUGCUUGAGGAGAUUCGACGCCGGCGCAAUCUACGCCGCCGUGCGCCGCCACGGCGUGACCCACAUGUGCGGCGCUCCGGUGGUCCUCAACAUGUUGUCGAAUUGUCCGGACGGGAAGAAAUUGGAAAAGCCGGUUGAGAUCCUGACCGCCGGAGCUCCGCCGCCGGCGGAGGUGCUCCGGCGGACGGAGGCGAUGGGGUUCCGAGUGAGCCACGGGUACGGGCUGACGGAGACGGCUGGGCUGGUGGUGUCGUGCGCGUGGAAGAGGGAGUGGGACAGGUUCCCGGCGGCGGAGAGGGCAAGGCUGAAGGCGAGGCAGGGGGUGGCGACGGUGGCGAUGGCGGAGAUCGACGUGGUUGACAGGGAGACCGGGGAGAGGGUUAAACGAGACGGGUCGGGCAUCGGAGAGGUGGUUCUGAGGGGCGGGUCGAUUAUGCUGGGAUACUUGAAGGAUCCGGAGGCGACAGCGGCGGCGAUGAGGGAGGACGGGUGGUUUUAUACGGGGGACGUGGGGGUAAUGCAUCCGGACGGGUAUUUGGAAAUCAAGGAUAGGUCUAAGGAUAUUAUCAUCACCGGCGGCGAGAACGUUAGCAGCGUCGAGGUAGAAUCGGUGCUUUACUCGCACCCUGCAGUGAACGAGGCGGCAGUAGUGGCACGGCCAGACGAAUUCUGGGGCGAAACUCCCUGUGCUUUUCUGAGUCUGAAACCAGGGAUCGGCCGCGAUCCGACGGAAAAGGAGGUUGUAGAGUUUUGCAAGGCGAAGAUGCCGCAUUACAUGGCGCCGAAGACGGUGGUGUUCAAGGAUGAGCUUCCCAAGACUUCGACCGGAAAGAUGCAGAAAUUCAUACUCAGGGAGAUCGCAAAAUCGAUGGGGCCAAUGAGAAGUCGUAUGUAAACAAGAGUGUAUUGUCGUCUCUUGUAUGAGGAUGAAAUUUGGUAGAUUCACAGCCUUGUUAGGUUAAAUUUUGUUUCUGUCAAAAUAUAAAAUGUACUUCUCCCGCGUCAACGAUUGUGACAGUCCCACUCUCAUCUUGCCCAAAGAACGUAGGUAUAGUUUAUUGGACAGCGAAAAUGUAGGUAUAAUUGAUACUCCCUCUGUCUCAAUUUAAUAGAUUCACAACCUUGUAGGUUCAAUUUUGUUUUUGUCGAAAUAUGAAAUGUGCUUCUCAUGA